AUGAAACGUGCUCGAGCUGAUUUGAGAACGGCGUUGAAGAGACUGGAUGAAGUACAGCGUGAGGAUAGCGAAUGAAGAGAGAUGUAAGCGGCACCGGGAGAUAGGUCUGGGCAUAUCAUUUGGAUUGUAAGGGCAUUCGUCGAGGUGGGAGGUAGUCGUUGCCAAAGAAGAAAAAGGCCGACCGAAUUCCCCGACGCUUCGGUAAAUGAAUUUCUAAGCGCGUUGAUCACGUGACGUUACUCAACUUAUCAUAAAUCAGGGUCCCCUCAUUCCCCAAAGAACAUUUUCUCUCAGAAGUGGUCUACUCUCCGAUCCCACAUGUCUAAAAUGCAACAAUUCGAAUUCCACCACUACACCACCCCACCCCCAGGGACCUCCCCGCGGACCUGGGAGCCCCUUGAACCGGGCAUCACUCAAAUGACCCUCAACUCCGAUCCAUCAACCGGGCGUGUGAUGUGUCUGCAGCGAUGGGAGCCGAAUACGAGAAAUGAGAUUCAGAACUUCGUGCACGAUUACAUUGAGGAGAUCUUCAUCGUGGAGGGCGAUUUGAGGGACCUCAAGGGAAGGGAAGGCGGGACGGUUUGGAGGAAGGGCGCGUAUGCGUAUAGGAAGCCGGGGAUGGAUCAUGGGCCGUUUGGAAGUGAGGGGGGUUGCUUGAUGUUCAUUACGUGUACGCCUGUCGGUUAGGAGGCAGUGGAGAGGAGAGAAGGGGAGGUGGUUUGAUAGUCAUGAAGCAUGCAGAGGAAGAGGAAUGAGGUGUGAGAUAAUCGAAUUGAUUUUCCUUGAUGAGUCGUAGGAAAACUAAACAUGACAAUGAAAAGGAAGCCACUAUAGCACCUAUAGCAAGG